UUUUCAGUCACAACUCAAUUUUAGAUUCCUCAGAAGAGCUCCAUUACUAAGCUUAGAAAUUUCAACUCUUACGCACACACUCUCUCUAAAAACCCUGUUUCCUCUUUCUCUAUCUCUACAAUGGCGAGCUCCAGUAUUGUGUUGAUGCUAGUGGCUGCUUUGUUGGUGAGCUCUACAAUGGCGCAACAAUCUCCCGCUUCUUCUCCGGCAACGUCGCCGACGGCGGCUCCAAGAAGGGCGAUGGCUCCGGCUCCAGUGGCAGUGACGCCAUCUGCGAAUUCGCCAAUGGCUUCUCCUCCUGUUGAGAGCGGAUCUGCUACUGCUCCAUCUCCAUCCACCGUUAACUCUCCUCCUUCUCCUCCAGUGUCUCCAUCUGCGUCACCUGCUGCUAAUCCCCCGUCGAUUGCAGCCACACCGUCGGGAUCUCAGGCACCGGCUCCGGCUACAAGCGGUGCCGUUUUGAACAGACUUAGCGUCGCCGGCUCCGCCGCUUUUGUGAUUGUCGCAGCCGCUUUUCUGGCGUAGACAGAUUUUGGAGUCGUCGACGAUAUCAUGAUAUAUUCUUUCCAUUAUUUUAUUGUGUAUUCUAUUUUAUUAUUAGCGUGAAUAAUUUAUUUUCUGUUGGAUUUUUUGUUGAUUUUUUAUUUAGUUACAAUUAUCUUUUGGAUUCUUUAUAUAUAAUAUAAUUUAUUUUACAGCA